GAAGUAGGUUGUUCUGGAUUGCUUCAGUUUGCGUUUGGCGUGCGUCUUCUUAUCGUCUGAAAACAGUAUUUGCGUUUACGUUUAAUUUGAAAGAAUAAAAGUUUCUGAAAAUGAAUAACCUAACUGCAUUGUGUUUGGGAUUUUUAAUUGUUUGCGUUUUGGUUUCAAGUGCAUCAGCCAUCAAAUGUUACACUUGCCUACUAGGAUGCAACGACCCUUUUGAUAAGAGUAAGGCUGAAACAGAUACCUGCGCAGGAUCCUGUCUGAAAACAAAGACGAAUGGAAAUGUGAUUAAAGUUUGCUCACCUAUUAGCCUUGGAGAUAAAUGUGGAAGCAAGGGCGGAGUCGAAGCGUGUUCGUGCACGAAAGAUCUGUGUAACAGUGCGUCAGGAAUGAGCUUUCCCCUCGUCGGCCUCUGUCUGUCCCUUUUCACCAUGUUUCUGUGGGUGAAAUAAUGGAAACGAAAACGGACGUGUGCAUUAUUUUAGCCUUUGUAGUUCAUUUCAAAUAUUAAGUAAGAAGUAUUGUACAAAAUGUUUAGGUCGUUUAUUUCAUUUUAUUUGAAAGAAGUUCAGUCUAUAUUCAGUUCUUAGUAUGAUUGUACUGUUACUUGUAUUCAUAAUUUAUAUAUCCACUCUUCUGUAUUAAAAAUAUACCAGUGUCAUA